AUGACUCCAGUUACCAUCACUGUCAGUGGCUCUUCCACUGCUUAUCAUCAGCCUGAACGAGCCGUUCUCUCCUUCUUGAUCAAACACUCGGCCGAAUCAGAAGAAACCGUCCUGGAGAAUAGUAAUAUUACCACGACCCUUAUAACGGGCACCCUCAAAGAUCUUUCCAGAGAGCAGAACUAUGGCUCUGAGAUUGAGCCGGCCUCGGUGACAAUGUUCAGUGUCGGAUCCAUACGAAUCUGGUGGGAUAUGGCCGGCGACCCUCGGCGUCUCGCGAAAGCCAAACAGAGUACAAACCAGCAAGUCUACCACGCCCAGGUGAAAUUCGAGGUGUGCUUUAAGGACUUCAAAGCCUUGAACAACAUGUUAUCUUCGUUCAGCAUAGAUCCAAGUGUCGAAAUCUUGCGUGUGGAAUGGCGACUGGCGGAGGAGACACGGCGUGUUAUGGGAUCCAAGGUCAGAAGGUUGGCUAUGGAGGACGCAAUCCGUAAAGCAGAUGAUUAUGCCAGUGCCAUUGGACGCAAAGUCACAGCGUUUGAUAUCGCAGACCCAGAGUGCCCUGAUGAUCGAGCGUACGUGGCUGCAGCCCGAAUGAUGUCCCGUGGAGAUGGGCACGACCGUCUAGUACUCGAUUUGCAACCGAAGACAAUUGAGUUCAAUGCUGCCGUCAAAGCAGUCUUCAAGAGCGAGUGA